GGCUCUGGGAAAGACGCACCAACGCCAACGCCCCCACUGACAUCACGGCGGAACUGUGAGCUCAUCAAGGGGCGGACGACCAGAAAGACGAACGUGCGCAGGGCGCCCAUGAGGACCAAUGAGCUCAUCGCGCCCGGGACGUGUGAGCGCGGACACACAAAUUGUGUCGCGCCGGACGGGUCACGUGAGAGUACGUGAAAGAAUGAGACCACAGGGACUCCGGCGAGGGGAGAGCACCCUCACCCUUUCCAAAAAUGCCCCGGAAGUGCCUCCGCCCUCAGUAAAGAUGGCCGUAGCACUUGGCAAGUGGGAGGCGGGGCUGCGCCUGCGCCACAAGUUCGGCGGGGGAAGAUGGCGGAUGACAAGGAUUCUCUGCCCAAGCUUAAGGACCUGGCAUUUCUAAAGAACCAGCUGGAACGCCUGCAGCAGCGUGUAGAAGACGAAGUCAGCAGUGGUGUGAGCCAGGAUGGCUCGCUCAUGUCCUCCCCAUUCCUCAAGGGCUUCUUAGCCGGCUAUGUGGUGGCCAAACUGAGGGCAUCCGCAGUAUUGGGCUUUGCUGUGGGUACCUGCACUGGCAUCUACGCAGCUCAGGCAUAUGCCGUGCCCAAUGUGGAGAAGACAUUGAGGGACUAUCUUCGGUCAUUGCGAAAGGGGCCUGACUAACUCUGGAUCCCAUGGGGGAGGAAGGAUGAGCACCUCGGGCCUGCAGGUAGAGGUCUUUCAACCACAGACACCAUAUUUGGCUUCCCCACUUGUCACCCUUUUGCCAUCUCCAACUUGCCCACAGCCUUCAUCCUUGCUUUCCUACCUGCAGAGGGUAAAGAGUGGCUUAUCAGCCAGCAGUUUGGAUGCCCCUUCUUAACCCCAUGGGACUGGCCCCAAGACUGUGGCUUUUAGGGCCACCAGCCCCUUCCUCUUCCAGCCCUGACUGUGGAGUUUGCAGCUGACUCUGAUUCUCAGUAUUCUGUCUAGCGAUGUCCCACAACUCCUCCCU